AUGAUGGCCAGGUUCGUCUCCAAGUCCAAGACGCUACUCCGUCAUUCCCAAUGCCCCAAGGCCCUGAUUCUGUGCCAUCGCCAACGAUCUUCGGAAGCGACGAGAUCGAAGUGGGUGGAGAUUGAUGGGGUGAAGUUGCUGGAUGAGCACGGCCACCGUGUUAUGGUCAAAAAGGCCACGCCCGAUUGGCUUCCCUUCCUCCCCGGUUCCUCCUUCUGGGUCCCACCUCCUCCCUCCCCUUUUCUUCACAAAUUCUUCAUCCACCCUCAACCCUUCUUAAUUCAAGUUGAAGAUUCUGGGAAUGCUACUGCCACCCGACGAAAGAUCGAGGUUACUGUGCAACUCAAGGUUAUGGCACCCACUGAAAACGUUGCCCUCUCUGAAGAUGAGGAAGGUUGA